CAGUUUACCGUCGCGCGUCAUGCUUCUCGCUCGCUCCUACUAUGAAUUGUGAGACACGAAGUUUUCCAUUUACAAACUGUUUUGUGUGUUGUGUUGAGUUUCGCCAUGUGAAAACUAUUUUGCGUGUUCAAAUGUAAGCACUGUGUUUUGUUCUUGAGUUUGUUUUUAUCGUGAAUUUUGGAGUGUGAAAUGUUUUUUGGAUCUUUAUUGUAAUUUGCAUCAUAGUUCAAGAUGCUGAGUCAAGCUCGAUGGCUGAUGCUGGCCAUAGCAGCCGUGCUGACGCUGCAGUCGAGAGGGGAAGGUGGCAUCAGGCUUCCUGACCAGCCUCCUAAGCAGGAAGGUGAAGGAAGGUCACUGAACUUUGGAGGAGACCACGGACGUUCGCCUCAAGCGCAAGGACGUGGUCUAUUAGACUGGCUGGGUUUCGGAGAAGACCAGGACCCUUACAUCCAGCAGUCUACUCAGCAGUGUCUCAAUGGAGACUUAGCUGACUGCUUCAAGGCACAAGCACUGCGCUCUUUUGACGAUUUCUUCGAUAAACAGGCUUACCAACUAUCAGAAAAUGCCGUACUAGUGAAGGUGGACUCUCAAGCGCGCGCUUUGUCCCGGGAACCUCCUCAGUUGGAGUCACAGCCCCGCAGCGAGGAUUCAGACUGGGAGGCCCUUGUUAAAUAUGGCAUGAGGAAAAUUGAGAGGUUCCUAAGAUCAACCGCCUUGGAGAUGCAAUUGGACGACGAAGUGACGUCACGAGGCAUCAUUGCACCUCGCUUCAUUGAACAGAUCGCUGAUGAAGUUGACAUCAUCGAGGAUAAGAAGGCACCUUUCCGCCAGCAUAAACUGAAGAAGCUGAUCAUCCCCAUGUUGCUGAUCCUCAAGCUGUUCAAGCUGAAGCUGCUGCUGUUCCUGCCUCUCAUCCUCGGCCUCGCCAGCUUCAAGAAGUUCCUCGGAUUCAUGGCUCUUAUCAUUCCUGGUGUAAUUGGCUACUUCAAGUUCUGCAAGCCCAACUCGUCACCGUUCUCGUCCAGCCACUUCUCGGGACCUCAGUACAGUCCAGCCGGCAUCGGCCUGGGACCCUACAGGGAGUCGCCACCACAGUCACACUACGCUCCUUCACAUUAUGAUAGCUAUCCUGGUGGUCACAAGUACGGUUCAGGAGGUAUUUCCUUCAGGGAGCAUGACGUCAGUCCUCAAGACCUGGCAUACCAGGGUUGGGAGUACAGAAGCAAGAAGGGCGCAGAAGAUAUCAAAGCUGAAUCAGCUUAAGACUGAACAUUUAGUGUAAUAUAUUAUAUAUAUAUAGUAUAUAAUGUUGUAUAGAACAUUUAUAUUUUAUCACCAAUAGCUCUACUAUUUUCAACAUCAGAUAACUAAGGAAAUACAUCACAAAAAGUCCAGGUGUCUUUGAGAAAUUGGGUAGCACACAAACAAAAAAACAUAGUCCAAUUAAGGACCCGCAAUUUGCUAGGAAGUCUAAAGUAUUUAAACUGGUGAAGUGACUUAAAUAAGACAAAAUAAAAGUAAUGUUUAAGACAUAAAACGGCUAGGUAACAAUAAUGAAAAUGGAAUUGCUACAGCAUUCUCAAAAUCAGUCAAAGAGAAAUUGAUCGUGUCUGAUCCUACAGAAACCAAAUAAAUGAAUGCUAAGCCUACUAACAAUGGCAAUUAUCACGAUAUUAGAACCAUUAUAAUAUACCUUAGCAUAGAAAUUCAAAAUGGAAUACAAUUUCAGAAAUCAGCACACUAACAGGCCAUUAAAUUUAAUUAAAGUUAUCUUAAAUUAACUGAAAACAUUUUCGUGAAAUAUCUUGGGCUGGUUUUGAGGUUCUUCAACAAUAAAACCGACAGUUUGUGGGUUUAAGUAUUGAUUUAAUUUUAAAGAUGCUUCUCCGAGGCUUGCAACAGACACGCACCUGUAACGCUCGUCUUUUUGGCCGAUUUUUUUUUUUAACCCCAGGCUAAACUUAGUUGCGUGUGUCUGUCUUAGUGCGUCUGUCGAAUACCACAAAAAAGCAACACCACACUAAUGUUAUAAAUACAAAAUUUUGUAUAAAUGAAUGGAUGUAUGUUAGGAUAUUUGUUCGUCUUUUACGUAAAAAUUACCUACUGGAUUUUGAUGAACUUAGCAGAAAUCAUAACUCAUUCAAUAUAAAAUAUCUCAUUACAUCAUAAAGGCUACUUUUUAUCUGGAUGCGGGAAGUAGUUCCCUCGGGAAGCCGGUAUUUGCUUAUAUAUUUCACAGACACUUGCGACCGAACGCAGUGUCAUACGCAUGGCUCGGAAAUACACCAUUACAUUUGAAAUUCAGCACCCACUAAUGACUGUUGCUUAUGCAGUUUAGAAUUCCAACAAGCAAUAAAUUGCUUCGAGAAUUCUGGCUUCGUGUAACAUACAUGUUAGGAUUAGAAUACACAUUUAUUCUCUGUAAUUUAUAGAUGUCUGACAAAAUAGUUUGUGCGUAGCUGCAUUUGAAAUAUUGGUAUUUUUAACUUUUACUCGUCAUGUAAAAAUUUACGUAGGUCUCAUUAUACAUGCUUUAUUUGUUACAUAUUUUGGCAUAUCCAUUUGCUACAUUUACUAAAAGAUUUCAUGGAAAUUCUUACACCCAUGUUAUAUUUUUUUCUAAAUACAUCGUGCCAUUGCUUUACUUUUUUGCCAUUUAUUUUCACAUUCAUUAUUUUUUUAAGAUUGUGUUUAUAUAACGUGUACACUUAUGACCCGUGUUUCACUCAAUUUAAGUAACGCCGAUUUUAGUUUCUUUUAUUUAUAAAUCAGUUUAAAACAAUCAAAGUUUUAUGCUUUUGAAUAUUAUCAAAUUGUUUAUGUAAAAUAUUUUUAUUUUAAGUAAUAACUGUUAAUGGUACUGUUUCGUUUGAUAUUCAAUGUUAACUAGAAUACCUACUUUGUUUCGAUUUCAUUUGUACAUUGAGAAAAUUCUUAGGAUAUUUUUUAGAUUUUUAGUUUCAAAUGUAAUUAAAAUUAUUACUUUUAAGUGUUUUAGUUUUUAUAACAAUUUUUAUUUUCCACGCAAGUUAGCUGUGGUUUUUAAAAAAGAUAGUAUCUAUCUUUGUGUGUGUCAAGUUUGACAUUUUAGCAAUAAUAAUUAAUUUUAAUUUGAUAUUUUAAUUGCAUACAUUGUUAGUUAUUAAGCAAUGUAAAUUAUUGUUUUGUUUAUAUGUGAAUAAAGUUUUUAUUUUUAUACAAAG